AUGAUGAGUAGUCAUUCUUCUUCCUCCACUUCUGUGAGUGGAUUCUUCAGUUUCCUGGCAAGAGAGCUCAAUAAUCUUGAUCACCUCUUCCUCUCCCAGAACUUCAUGUCAAUCAACUUCCUUCAACAUGUUCUCUCAUCCCUCAGAUCCUUCCAUUCCCAGUUAACCCUUCUUGUUCAAAAGUUACACUUGCCCGCCGGAGAAAAAUGGCUCGAUGAGUACAUGGACGAAAGCUCCCGCCUUUGGGAUGCUUGCCAUCUCCUCAAAUCAGCUGUAUCUUCCAUGGAGAACUACUAUUCAUCUGGGGCCAAUAUGCUAUCUUUAAUCAGUGAUCGCCGCCGUGUUCUAAACGCUCAGCUCUCCCGCCAGGUUGUAAGAGCAAUCAACGGCUGCCAAAUGGAAAUGACGGCGCUGCAAGAGGAAAACAAGAGCUUAGCAGAAACAAGAGCACAAAACAUAUGUCUAAGGCAAGAUGAAAAUGUCGUGGUAGAUUCUAAAUUCAACAAGUACAGUGGUUUCAGGGGAGUCCUAUAUGCAAUGAGGAGUGUUAGCACAUUGCUACUAAUGAUUUUACUAAGUGGGCUUGUGUAUUUCUGCCCUGAAAUGAGCUUACUAUACCAAGGGGGCUGCCAAGGAAUAUCAGCAUUCGGAUCCACUUUCAUGGUUGCAACAACUACAUUGCAACAGAGAGUGGCGAAUGCGAUAGGCCAACUUGAUUGUCAGCCAGGAAUCCUUCUGCAUGAGCUGCAGGAGGCCAGGUUUGCCAUGGAUGAGCUGAAAAUGGAGGUGGAAAGCUUACUGGAGUACGGACAGGAGGCGCCGCCCACAAUCCAAGUUUAUGAUAAAGUUGAAAACUUGAAGAGCUGUUUGGGAAUUUUGCAAUGUGGGGCUGAGAGCAUAAUUGGGCAGCUUGAUGACUUCUUUGAUGAAAUAGUUGAAGGUAGGAAGAUGCUUUUGGGCAUGUGUUCUCAUAGGUAGGGACAGACAGGGACAAGAGGAAAGGAGAAAAACAGGUGUGAAUUUGACUGUAAGACAUCAGAUGAUGAUUUAGUAGUGAUUCUAAUCUUCAUUUCAAUUCCCUCUUCCUAUGUGCAUUGUUUUCUUGUUGAAGCUAGGGGAAUAUUUUUUAAGGUAAAAGAAUGUGAUUCUUGCUUUCAAGGAAAGUAGCUAAGCAUUACUAUAAUGAGGGUACAAACAAGUAGAAUAUGUUGGAUAAUGAUAGCUUCAACAGAAAGCAAGACUUCCUGCAAAGGAAAAACAAAAAUUUAAAUUUAAACAAACAAAAGGAAGAAAAGAAUAGAUUCUUCUAAUCAUGUUCCUCUGCUAG